AUGACUCGUGGCCGGGAACACACCCUCUACCAUCAGUGGCGGUUCGGCACGCCUCCGCCCGCCGCCGACGCCACCCCCGUCAUGGCAUUGACCAGUGACCCGUUACCGAUUUUCCAUGAAAAGCACGCGCUGGCGAACACGCCCAAACCCCGCUGCCGCCGGUGGCUAGCGUGGGGGUGGUGGCUCGCUGUGAGUGUGCUAGUGGUGUACCAGGUGAUCGUGUGGUCUCAUGUUGAAAAUCCGGCGUCAAUCGCUACCGCCACGCCAAAGUUAUUGGCGAGUGAUGACCACGGUGACGGCGCGUCCGACUACUUUAGCGUCCAGUACCCGUUUAUCAAGGACAAUUGGCAGCUUGUCGACUCCGCCACGGUCAUCAAACACACGUUCAACCACCUGUUUGGCCACCCCGCCGAGGGACAAUGGCACCCACCGCAAGACGACGUCGCCUAUAACCGAGCCGUCCUCGAGCUUGAUGUCACCGUCGACGGCGUCCAGUACGACCGGCUUGUCAACGUGUUCAUCGGCGAUGUCCAGGUGUGGCGGUCGCUGACAAUUGAGCCCGGGGGGAAGCAAGUGCACUCGACGGCAGUCAAAGACAUCACCCGCUACCUUCUGUUGCUUAGGCACGACCAGCCCAUCACCGUGCAACUCGAUAAUGUCGUCGAUAAAAACCUCACGGGAGCGUUUGCCACAAAAUUGACGGUCCAGUUGUACCAGGUCGACGACACUAACGGCAUUGACCGCGACUUAGGCCAGCAGCUUUUCGCCACUCACGGCGCCGCUAGCCGCGUGUACCCGCUUAAAGUCGAUUCCCAAGCCCGGUUGCCAGUUCGCUUACUUCCUCAACAGCCGUUUGAGCUUCCGUUGCCGCUGGUCGACCACAACACGACGCUGUUGCAACUCGAAAUCUUCGCCCUGGGCAACGCCGACGAAGAAGACUGGUACAGCAACGUCCUUGACCGGUUCAGAAAAGUGGUGAAAGGGCUGUUUGGCCACGGGCCGGCGCGGUUUAUCCGGGUCCGCGUCGGUGACGACAUCGUCGCCGACAUCGCCCCGCCGCCAGUGAUCUUCACGGGAGCGGUGCUGCCGGCAUUGUGGCGCCCCGUGGUGUCGCUGACGGCGUUUAUUGUCCCGUCAACGUCGGUGGACUUGACGCCGUGGUUGCCGUUGCUUUGGCACCACGCCACCACGGAUGGCACCCCUGACGUCAAGAUUGAAGUAGUCAAUGGCGAAGGGAAAUCCGUCGGCAACAACUGGAUCACCACCGCUAAUGUUUUGGCCUACCAGCACGCCGACGUCACCGCGGCUAAAGGGACGUUUGGUGGGGUUCACCACAAAACCGACCACCACCAGCACGGCCACCAGCCCGGGAAAGGGGCCUACACGCAAAAGGUGAACGUCACCAAAAAACUGAGACUGCUGGCGUACUUGGAGUUUACGUUGAACGAUGCCGACCCGUUAAAGCUCAACUAUACUUCGGUGACCAAAGCCGAGGUGGUGAACGUCCAGCGCUACCAACACGGUUUCCGCAACCAGCGCAUCCUCCACGUCACCGAUACCGUCGACCGGGUCCAUGCCGAGCUGGUCGGCGACGGCGAUGUCGAGUAUUCGCUUGCGGUGAAGGGGAGGGACGUGCUCCAUCUCCGCUACCGCUACCUUACUCCUGACGACGACGACGAGACCAAAUUCAAAGUGGCGCUUUCCACUACUCGCCAGUUGUCAGUGGACGCCCGCAAGAUGUCCCACGAGGUGCUGGAAGUGCAGACGGGGGCGCUGGAGUUUGUGGUGAGUCCUCGGGGCAACCACGGGCGGGGGUCGCUCGACACCAACUUGCAGGUGACGCUGAAGAUCGAUGGCACUAAGCACAAGUAUGCGCGAGUGGUGCUGGUGGUUGACGGUAAGGUUAGGCUCGAUAUUGAAGGUUGA